AUGGCACCCUCUCUCUCGGCAGAUGCGAAAAUACCUUGUCCCACGCCUCAACAUCUGAGAGAUGAGCUUGAUACCCUUACAUGGGCAUUGGAACCUGAGGAGAAAGAAGAUACGUGGGAGAAAUUUGAAAGAGCUAUAAUAAGAUUCUCGGCGGUCACACGAGGAGGGGGAUAUAAACAUACCGAAUUAUUUGUAGAGGGUGUAGGCAGGAGUGGAAUAGGAAAGAAGUUGGUCAAAUGUAUGCUAUCUGACAGAGGUCGAUUAUCCGGCGUAUCAACCGACUUGUUACAGACGUUUGCACCGAGAUUAUCAUCGAAUUUCAAGCCCCUCGUCAACCUCUACGUAGAACCUGUGAUUGAACUUCUAGGACGACCGAAUAAAGUGUUUUUGAAACGGGCGGAGAAAUGCCUUUUAACGAUCAUAACACACUGUCAAAUCAUCGCGAUCUUACCGGAGCUACGGAAAGGUUUGAACGACAAUGCCACGACUUGCAGGAGAGGGAGUGCCAUCGGAGUGGAAAAAGCGGUAAAAGAAUGGCCAGUGGAGAUCUGGACCGAAAGGUAUCUAGGAUUGUUAGAGGAAAGUGUAAAGAAAAUGGCGACGGACAAAGACCCAGAAGUUAGACAGACGGGUAGAAGAGUUUGGGCGAUAUUCAUGGAGUUCUGGCCCGAGAGGAUCGAAGAUUUCUCCGCACCUUUGACACCCACUGUUCGUCGAUAUCUCGAGAUACCUGCAGCCAAUGGAGCAGGGCCAUCGAAACCCAAGUCAAAGCCUAUACCUCGUGUUGCUCACCCACCCACCCAACCGAUAUCAGCCACAUCAUCGGAAGCCUCUCAAGCUUCAACGAAUGCCGCUACCGCCGCAGCUCAUCGCCCACAGCAUCACCGGGUGAAUGCGCUGGCUUCUCGCCCUAUGAGACCCAUUUCCCAUCAAGCCCCGCUACCUCCCGCGAUGGAAGCUGGACCAUCUCGAAGGGGAUCGCCAAGGAAAGACCCCGAAGCAUUACCCUUCACGCCAGAAGCAGAAAUGAUGGAAGAGCUACCUAUAACACAUCCUACUUUAUCACGAUCGACCUCCAGCUCCAAUCGUCAUCAUCAUGAUCUGUUCGUGCCACCUGUACCAGCGAAACACGCUCGUUCGGCAUCACAAACCAUCCUACCGACUGCUUCGUCAGCAACGUUCCCAAUCGCUGACGAAGGUAAAUACAACCCUCUCUCCAAACUCUCUCGACCGGCAUUGCAUAUAUCGCACACCGCACCUCCUGGACCACUUGAUGUACCUCAACCACCUCGACGUUUCGCUCCUCCGGCAAGGAUCAUGCGAGCCAUACCUUCGGAAGAAGAAGCGGGCGAGGAAUUCGGUAUUCAUCUGUUUACUACACCUAGCGGACCCACUGUCCUUAGUAGACCACAAAGGAAUGCGAAUGCGGGAUUGGGCAGGAGGGGAAUGGCAUUAGGUCAAGCUCAUCGACGUGUUGUCACUGCUCCUACCACCGUUGCAGAAGACGGUUACUUCACCAAAACACCAGGAAGAGCUAUGGGCGGGCUAGGAAGGAAAAGACCUGCGGAGGACGAUCAAAAUGCGAAUUCACCUAUCAAAGGCGAUCAUGCGAACGAAGAGAUACCUCAAGCGUUCGCCUCUCCCCUUCCUGCUCAGGUAGUCUCGAUGGAUUCACCUUUAAUGCCUAUACUGAUUAGAUCAACAUCGGGCGAUGUGAAAGCGAAUGAGAAUGAGAGUGAUAUCAUAGAUAUGAAGGAGGAUGUAUACCCAGCUUCGCCGCUCAAACAAGCGAAUGCAGACGAGGAGAAGAGGACGGUGGAGGUCGCUAGCAAGAUUGAGCUACCUGAUUUCCCUGUCAAGGCGAGCAUUGUGCUGGAAACGGAAACGGAGGAGAUACUGAAGGAAGCGAAAGUCCAUAGACCUUUAUCAUCAGUCGAGGAUGUUCAGCAAAUAAAAGAGGAGGAAGUGGAGGAGGAAAAAGUUGACGGAACUGAGAUACGAGAGGAGAAGAAGGACCAGAUAUCUGAAGAAGAGGGAGGCACAGGAGAGAAUGCCACUCAGAUGGGGAGCUUAGUGGACACUGUUGCAUUGAUCGCAAAAGAAGUACCAGCGGAAGCCAAGGUAGGAGAUGUGCCUGAGAUCGUUCGUGAAUCUCAAGCUUCGAUUCCGGAUGUACCUGUACGAAAUGCACCGGUUCUAGCGAAGACAGAACCGAGGAAACCCGCUGCUCCUGCCAGACCAUCCUCGCUGGAAACAACCAAACCAGCGCCUGGGCCCAUCAAGCCCAAAGUCGUCGCUCGUAAACCACCUAUUCCAUCGGCUCGUACCGCGACUACCCGAGCAGUCAGUGCGCCAGUCGUUCGAAAACCAUUCAAGCCUACCAGUCUUACUGCCCCAACGGCUGCCUCAGCCGCUCGAGCUGCCGCUCUGACCAAACCUGCUCAAGCCACGACCGCUGUCUCGAAACCAUCGGUGGCGACCUCGACUACCGCAAAGGUGACCGUGGCUUCCGGUCCCCCAACUGUCAAAUCAACCACGCUGAGUGGAUCGACAAGCUCGAAAUCAUCUAUAGCGCCCGUAGCAAGGGCUCGGGUGGUCUCCGCGCAAAUAGCGCCAAAGCCAGAACCUAAAGUCUCGAACAAACCUCCUCUCCCAGCGGCAGCUCGAGCACCUACUAGAGUGGUCAGUGCACCCAAGAAACCGACUAUCACAUCUCAUGUAACGCUUCCGCCGGUCAAAAAGGAAAAAGUCGUUCGUAAAGCACCUUUACCAUCUUUCAGACCUACUCGAGGAGGUGCACCUACCACAUCGGGAACAUCGAGCUUGAAAGCUUCCACGUCAUCUAUGACAUCGGUCAGAGCGAAAGUCAAACCUGAUAUGAUCAAGUUACCUGAUUCGCCCUCCAAACCGAAUGACGUACCUCUUCCACCCAGUCCUCAUGAGGUACCUCUACCUCAUAGUCCGCUUAGUGGAGCUGCAACAAUCAUCAGUUCAGUCAGUAGGAACAAUGCGUCCAAACCUUCUCCGUUGAAAGUGGAAAUCCGAGCUAGGGUAAAAGCGGACUCGAUUGUCUCUUCACCCAAAUCACCAAUCAGAAUGAUACCUCCCAAACCGCUUUCUCCGUUAUUGACUACGGUCGAAUCGGAUGAUGUGGAAAUAUUACCAGUCCCACCGGUAUUUGUCUUGCCUAAAUUACAAGAAGUAAACAAGGAUGAAGUGGAAGGAGAGAUGGUAGAUCCAUUCACUAUAUCAGCUGCUCCCUCACCUUUAUCGAAAUCAUCUACCGAUACCAAUACUACCACAACGACCAGAGAUGUCGAAGAGGUAUCGACGGAUUCGGAGUCUUCACCUAAAAUAACAUUCAAAGCGCUAUCAACUCAUUCGAAUUCUGAGAAUCACGAUGUGAUUGCUUCGCCAUCGAGAUCAAAACCUGCUUAUGGAAGUCGAUCGGAUGUUUCUACACCAUCAAGCAAAGCUGCGGCGUUACUUGCUAAAUUGGAAGGAUCGGAGAAGGGCAUGAAUAUGGCCAUGUCAAUCACGCCUGUGUCUGAGAGGAAAGCUUUGAGUACGAAGGAUACCAAUGCGAAUGCGAACGGAAAUGGGACUACUCUGUUCGAUGGGGAGAGUGAAUGGGAUGUCAGUGCAUGA